CGCCUUGGAAAUAUCUUUAUAUAAUGGCAUUGACUUAUGCCAAACCAAAAGCCACGUGUAACUGCACAGUAGACAGAUUCGUAUUGCAAACUCCUGCCUACUCAGAUUGAAUACGUCACAGCAGGUGGAUCUAUACAACAGUUGAAGGAAAUAGUCCAUCUGAAGUUUUAAAAAGCUCUUUAUACAUCUGACACUUUCACUUCAUUUUCCCUUAGUGACCGAGAAAAAAAUGAUCAAGAUAAAGAUAUUCACCACAUGUACGAUGAUGAUGUUAUUAUUUUCCUUCAUGGAGCCAGUGAAUUCUCAAAGAAUGGACAAAUUUCUACAGAUAGUCGGUAACCUUGCAGCCAAGCCGGUAGUGCGUUAUUGUAGGCCCGUCAAGAUGAGGAAAGUAAUUGAAAGACAGGGAUGUAAGCCCCUUACUGUCUUAGAUACAACGAAGUGCGUAGGGAGAUGUUUGAGUUAUGAGGAACCACAUAUAGAAGCUCCGUAUGUCAAGUCAAGCCACCAACUUUGCCAACUGACGGCUAGGGAUGUCCCGCUAAAGCAACAGUAUCAGAUGAAAUGUGACCAAGGAGUGAACCCCUACUACACUCAUGAAGACAGCUUCGAAUGUCGUUGCAGCCAGCCCAGAUCACUGAGAACAAGCUAUAGAUAUCGUGACGCAGAACUCUCAUAGGCUAGUAAUAAAAUGUACUUUAAUACAAAAACACUACGAUUUCUGAAAACUAUUUUCAGUUUCAAUUCUAAAUAAAUUAACUUAGAAGUUAAUGUGUUUUUACUUAAUUCGUGGGGAAGUCUUUAAAAUUUUGGUUAACUGCGGGCUCAUUGGCAAUGCCUUUUCAAAACACGAAAUGAUCUGCGAUUUCUCAUAAAUCGUAUUACUACUGAAAGUGAUAACAUUCAAACUACCAACGGUUCUCCGGCGAUGUACCGUAGGCCUUAACAUCAAUUGAUUUGAUUCUGUUGUACACUCUAGGUGGGCGGCAAUUUGUCAUUCUAUUUAUUGUUGUGUAUGUGUUCUAGAAAUUCAUGUUGAAAGAGAAGAGCAAUUAACGUUAACAUUUAAGCUGAAUAACAUUGUAACCUGCCUGAUACUAAACGGUAUGAUUACAUGGUUCAUUAGAGUAAUCUGAGAUAGACCCGAGCGAGAUUCUGCCUGAUACGACAUGUAAGCAAUACACGGGUCUGAGCCAUGGCUUAAUAGUCUGUUUUAGGGUAGCAAUAAACAUAUAUUACUGAAAAUAUUUUGUCAUUAAACUAACAAUACAGUAAAACAGAAUAAUGUUUAGAGGGUAUGAUUUUAUGAGGCAUUUACAAUGUAGCAUAUGUUAAAGGUUGUAGAUAGUGCUGAAUCCCUUUAUUGACAUAAUACACAUCACAUAAAAUAUAAAAGAAACGACGUAACAUUAAGUACAGUAAACACCCGUUUAUAACAACCUAGUUUUUUACAAAUCAGUCUGAAUAGGUUUUUAUAUAUCGGGUGUUUAGUGGUAAAUCUGGAUAUUUUGUUAAUUAGUUAGGUUCUUAUUAGUUCAAGGGUUUAUAUUGUUUGUUACUGUUCAGAAUAGUACACUAAUCCCAUUAUAUCAGAAUCUACUAAAUCAUACUAAAUCGUCUACAUUUCUGCUUCAUCAUGAUACAGAAUCGAAGGAAUGGUAUCAAAAUUAUAAACUUAUCUCAAAUGUCAAGCCGAAUUAGUUUUUAUAUAAUUGAAGAAAAUAUAAUAUUUCCGCCUGAAUGUUCUUAUUUUACAAGGAGAGUUUACCUACUGUAAAGAAACGACAUAAGUAAACCAGAUUCAUUUAAGUAUUAAGAUAAGAAGUAUAGAAAACAAUAUACAUACAUGUAAGCAUAGGCUAUGCUUUACCUUUUACUCUUUUGAUUUUUACCAUUAAAAAUUAAAAUUAUUUAUCUUUGUGAUUGAUACUGAGAUUCUUCUUAAUAUAAUUUUAACUGUCAUAAUUACUAUUCUAAAGAGUUUUCAAAACGACACGUCCCAAUUAUUGAAAAUUACUUGCCUGCUCCUCCUAGACCUACUUUAAAGUGUGCAAGCAUGAAUAAACAAGGAACUGUGUAGGCUUAUGUGUUGUAUGUGUGUGUGUGUGUGUGUGUGGGUGGGUGGAACCAACCUAUAGACCGUCAUUAUAAACGAUAUCUGGUUGACUUAUGAAGAGCUAGAACAAAACAAAAUAUGCAAAUUGCAUUACCGCAACUAACGUAAUCCCCUUGAAGCAUUAUCUAGCGUUAUUGUUUCCAUAGUUCAGUUUUGUGAAUUUGUUUUAUUUUAUUAUUUUGUCUUGUCUUGGUAUCCUGUUUUGCUAGCUAUCAUACAUAACCUUCACACUUCGCCAUUCGAGUACGAAGCUAAAAACUACUAUAUUUUAUUUCAUAUCUUUGAUACUGAUCAUCCAAAUUCUCUUACCAGAUCUAUGAUUUCAUUUCAUUAUCACAACCCUAUAUAAUUGUUUUUCUUGACAAGCUUUGGUAAUUGGUGCCGAUAUUUUUUGACUUCAAUUCCUGUUUUUAAUUCACAGAUUUAAAUGUAUUUUAAUUUGUUAUUUAUUUUAAAGUAGUUUUUGAUAAGCAUGUAGUAUGGUUUGAAUUGGGUUUUUUGUGUUCAUGUAACAAACAAUUUUUAAAAAUAAUUUGUUUUAAAGCGGUUAGAUGGGUAGAUUUUUUGGUAAGAGUUGAUAGCCUUAAACCUUUAUUACAUUUAAUACGCCUAUUAAUUAUUAAAAUUAGUUUCAUUGUAUUAAUUUAUCAGUAUUGCUUACCGUUAAUUGUUAAACAUUUUAUUUCAAAAUUUUGUCUGUUGUAUAUUGUUGAUAUUGUCAAUUUGGAUGCACCACCUUUUUGUGUGCCACCAAUCUACAGGUGUUAUAUUCUAAUACAUUUUAUUAAUCGAUUGGUUGUCCCCUCAUAAAAGUAGAAAUGAUAGUAAUUUUACGUGUUGUACGUCAUAUUUGAAUAGGAAAAAUCUCUACCUAAUAGUGCAACUCCAUAUUUAUCUAUGGGGCUUUUAUAACCGUUUAGUUGCAACUGGUCGAAAUAAGAGUUGCACAAUUUGUUGUAGAGUCAGCCUUUUUAGUUAAGUUUAUAGUAGUUAUAUCAUGGACUGUACAGUUAAAGGUUCUUGGUUAGAUGCUGACCUGUUUUAUAUAAAGGAUAGCGAUUCAAAAGACGUGUAUAUAAUUAUGUGUACUAUGUGGAUCAGAAUCAUAUAUUUUAUUUGACCUUUCGGAAAUUACAGUGGAACACAAUUGCUCUCUAAACAUUCACAAAAUUAACAGACACAUAUAUAAGUAUAAGUACAAAAUCAAAACAAAUUACUUAUUACUGAAUAUAUUUAACUGAACAUAUUUUUGGUGCAUGUCAAUAUCUAUCGUUGCAUAACUACAUUGUCAUUAUCGUCUUGUCGAUAGGCUUAAUAAAUCGCAGAAUAAUA